GUUCCCCGGUCAGAAUCAGCCCAGCCUUGCACGCCCCGCCCGGGCCGGCUGCUACUAGAAGCCCGCGGCGAGGUUGCAUUUUCCCACUUUCCCGGCACGGACGCCGCUGGCAAGCUGCGCAUACCUGCGUGCGCCGCGCGCAGCCACGUACACCGGAAGAAUUCCCCGCGCGUCCGCCGUCGGGGAAGGAGGCGCGCGCGCGCACGAGAGCUCACUCGACGGGGGCGAUGGAUCCCGGCGCCGGUGCCAGCGCCACGCUGCGGAAGCGGGCGCUGUCCAUAGACACGGCGGCCGCGGCGGCGAUCGAGUUCGAGAGCAAGGCAGCGGCCGGCCGGGAGGAUGAGGCGGUCGGUGCCGAUGCCGUGGCCGAGGAGGAGCCGGUGAGCCCGACGGGGCGGCUGUUCCGGGAGCCGCACUUCCGCUGCCACAUCGUGUCCGUGUUCGGCCUCGCAGCGCCGGUCGACCUGCCGGCGCUCCGGGCCGGGGUCGCCGCCACGCUCGCCCGCCACCCGCGCUUCUGCAGCGUCCAGGUACGCGUGUUAAACGAGUUCGAAACGGACGCCAGGCCCAAAUGGGUCCGGACGGCGGUGAACCUCGACGACCACAUCAUCGUCCCGGAGCUGGACCCGGCCGCCGUGGCGGCCGACCCGGGCAGGGCCCUGGAGGACUACGUGUCGUCGCUAUCGACGCGGCCCAUGGACCACGCCGUCCCGCUGUGGGAGGUCCACGUCCUCGACUUCCCCACCGCCGAGGCCGCCGCCGCGGUCGCGCUCCGCGUGCACCACUCCGUCGGCGACGGCGUCUCCAUGCUCUCCCUCUUCAUGGCGUGCACGCGCAGCGCCGCGGACCCGGGCGCGCUCCCCGCACUCCCGCUGGCGCGCCGCGCGGGCCCCGUCCACGCGGUGCGUCGGCGUCGGCGGCCGCGGCAGACGCUCUCUUCGCCCGCGGGCGCCGUCCUCGACGCGCUGGCGGCGCUGGCCGCGUGGGCCGUAGCGUUCCUCGUGCUCGCGUGGCACACGGCGGUCGACGUGGCGCGCUUUGUCGCAACGGCGGCGUCGCUGCUGGGCGACGCGCCCACGGUGCUCAAGGGCCGGGAGGGCACCGAGUUCCGGCCCAAGCGCUUCGUGAACCGCACGCUCAGCCUCGACGACAUCAAGUUCGUCAAGAACGCCAUGAGCUGCACUGUAAACGAUGUUCUGCUUGGAAUAACCUCUGCGGCGCUGUCACGGUAUUAUUUCCGUAAAACAGGUGAAAGCGACAGUAAGAGCAUCACGGUGCGAUCCGCUGUUCUUGUCAACUUACGGCCGACGCCUGGCAUACAGACAUUGGCGAGCAUGAUGGAGUCCGGCAAGGACAACGGCGCCAGAUGGGGAAACAAGAUCGGCUACAUGCUGAUCCCCUUCCACCUGGCCAGGCACGACGACCCCGUCGAGUACGUCCGGAGGGCGACCAAGGUCGCGCGCAGGAAGAAGAGCUCCAUGGAGUCCGUCUUCACCUUCUGGAGCGGCUACAUGGUCCUCAAGCUUUUCGGCAUCAAGAGCUUGGAACCUGGAUGCGUAUGUGCAGGCAGCAGCCGCGCUCUGCUACGGCAUGUUCACGCACACCACGCUGUCCUUCUCCAACAUGGUCGGGCCAACGGAGCAGGUGCUCUUCUGCGGCAACCCCAUCGUCUACAUCGCCCCCGGAACCUACGGGCACCCACAUGCCCUGACCAUACAUUACCAGAGUUACAUGAACAAAGUGAAGCUGGUCCUGUCAGUAGACGAGUCGCAGUUCCCGGAUUGCCAUCAGCUUCUGGACGACUUCGCCGAGUCCCUCAGGCUCAUCCGCGAGGCGGCUCCACGGAAACCUGAGGCGGCCCAUGAUGGUACUCGCAGUUGAAAAGGAUGUUUGUUGUACUGCAGCCAUGAUCAUUGGCUCAUUGCUCGUCAGCGAGCUGAUCUGCCAGAAAUAUUAGCACUGGACAGAAGAAACAUACACCAAACAGUACCUAGCUGAUAUCAAAUUUUGCAUUUGAAAUCUUGUCGCUGAUCUGGACGAACUUUUCGGUUGGCUUGAUAGUAUACAGCAGAGGUUCAGGCUUA